AGUGUUGAAAUGAAAAAGGAUGGUGUCUAUGGUGGGAAACUGCUGAAUUAAGCAAUUGCUGAAAGAGGAACAAGUUCAAAAGAAAUGGAAUUAAAAGUAUGGAUAAUAAGGGUAAAAGUUACUACUUGAUGCAACUUUCUUCAUUUGUUUAUAUUAAUUACACUACUAGUUAUAUUCUGGCAUGGAGAAGAAGGGCAGAAAAGAUGAGAGGGAUGAAGAAGAAAGGGCCGUGGACGCCGGAAGAAGAUGAGUUAUUGUCGACUUAUAUUAAGAAAGAAGGAGAAGGGAGGUGGCGCACACUACCCGACAAGGCCGGCCUCCUCCGUUGUGGGAAGAGCUGCCGCCUCCGUUGGAUGAACUAUCUUCGCCCUUCUCUCAAACGAGGCCACAUUUCUCCCGAUGAAGAAGACCUCAUCCUCCGCCUCCAUCGCCUCCUCGGUAAUCGGUGGUCGCUGAUAGCCGGACGGAUUCCAGGUCGUACAGAUAACGACAUCAAAAACUACUGGAACACUUGCCUCAGCAAGAAGUUGAUCAGCCGAGGGAUCGAUCCAAGAACCCACAAACCAUUGUCAUCUUCUUUAGCCCCCGAUCGCAAGAACAUUUGUUUAUCGUCUCCAGAAGAGAUUUCACCUGAAAACCGUAGCAGCAGCUCCACCGCCAACGAUCAAAUUUGCUCCCCUGACGAUGCUUUCUCUUCCUUCUUGGAUUCACUCAUCAAUGAAGAAAUGUGCAGUGAAAUAACCGCUGCUCGACCAGCUGACGCUUCCAAGAACCAGCAUGUGGUUCUCGAAAACUAAUAUCGACUUGGUGUAUGUAAGCUUGUAUUUUCAUAUUCCGUCUUAA